ACCCGCUCUCUCCGGCCGCGCCAAACUUACUCUCCGGCCCUCCGCUUUCCCCCUCCUCAGCUGGGUUGGAGUUAGUGGGCGCUACAGCGCCCCAGCCCUUCUAAGCUGUGCUGUAAGCCCACUGUAAAUUUGGCUCGCAACGACGCUUCCAAACUGGCCCUCGGCUACCCCAGGAUUCCAAAGUCCGAUUCGCCCCACUAAUUCCCGCAUUGGGUCCUCCGAAAACGUGCCUCGGCUUGUUUUUGCAGUGUCGCCGCGCCCACGGGAUUCCCGCUCGUCGUUCGUGGGGUUUUUCCUGAUUUCUUUAUUACUCUUUUCCUUCCUCUCUCUCCGCUUCUCACUUGUGUCUUUCUUUCUCUUUCUCUCCAUCUUCAUCAUCUUGACCUCCUCAUCACAAUCCCAUUCAUUCACAAUGGCUUCUCCUCAGCAGCUUCGCACUCCCCUCACCGAUCUUUUCAAGAUCCAGCACCCCGUCUUGCUCGCCGGCAUGAACGUCGCUGCCGGUCCCAGACUGGCUGCUGCCGUCACCAACGCCGGUGGUCUCGGCGUCAUCGGUGGUGUCGGCUACACCCCCGAGAUGCUGCGCGAGCAGAUUGCUGAGCUCAAGAGCUACCUCGACGACAAGAACGCUCCUUUCGGUGUCGAUCUGUUGCUUCCCCAGGUCGGUGGCAGCGCCCGCAAGACCAACUACGAUUACACCAAGGGCAAGCUCGGCGAGCUCGUCGACAUCAUCAUCGAGUCCGGCGCUAAGGUCUUCGUCUCUGCCGUCGGUGUCCCCCCCAAGGAGAUUGUCGAUAAGCUCCAUCAGCACGGCAUUCUCUACAUGAACAUGAUUGGCCACGUCAAGCACGUCAAGAAGUGCCUCGACAUUGGCGUCGACAUCAUCUGCGCCCAGGGUGGUGAGGGUGGUGGCCACACCGGUGACAUCCCCACCACUGUCCUCAUCCCCGCCGUCGUCGAGAUCUGCAACAAGCACAAGUCUCCCCUCACCGGCGGCCCCGUCCAGGUCGUCGCUGCCGGCGGUAUCUCCAACGGCCAGACUGUCGCCGCUGCUCUCAUGAUGGGCGCCAGCGCCGUCUGGGUCGGCACCCGCUUCAUCCUCACCGAUGAGGCCGGCGCUCCCCGCGCCCACAAGGAGGCUGUCCGCACCUCUGGCCACGACGACAACAUCCGCACCAUCAUCUUCACCGGCCGUCCCAUGCGCGUUCGCAACAACCCUUACAUCAACAACUGGGAGACUGAGCGUCAGGCCGAGAUGAAGCAGCUCGCUGCCAAGGGCACCAUCCCCUACGAGGCUGAUCUCGACAAGUUCCUCAACGCCGAUGAUGGUGGCAAGGAGCUCGCCGCCAAGGUUGGCAUCCAGAACCUCAGCGACGAUGAGGAUGACGACCCUCUUGAGGCUUUCCGCCCCUUCCUCAUGGGCAAGUGCGCUGCUGUUGUCAACGAGCAAAAGUCCGCCAAGGCCGUCGUUGACGAGCUCGUCGGUGAUGCCGUCAAGGUCAUCAAGCAGGGCAACGCCAUGAUUGCCAAGCUCUAAAUGCACCUCCUCCGCCCCGUAUUACUAUUCCCCUCCUAUUUCUCUCUACAUCUCAUGCCCACGACUCAAAAUGUCACCUUAUCAAAAUGAAUCGCGGCAAGAACGGCGGUGCCGUUGGAGUUUUUGCUUGAAUUUACGCAUUUCCUUUGUAUCCUCCCAUGUAGAUUAUAUAGCGUCUUGAAUGACUUUAUACAUAACCAAAUUUACAUCACCCGUCUCGCACGCUACCAAUUACGUGUCCUAUAUAAAUUAGUAAAUUUACCACCACGCGCCAGAGUUGCUACACUCAACUCGCUCGCUCUACUUGCUUGCUUGUUUGUACACAUGGCGUGCUCCACUGUGCAUCUUCACAUGCUUCAUCCAGCGCCAACCUCCUCCACUCCCCUAAACUACAUAAGCACUGUCCACGGAGAGCAUAUUUACAUACAGAAAUCAGCUUCAUUCCAAAGAUGGGAUUGGUAUUUGCUUGUCUAUUCAUGCUUCACACAAAGGAAAUCAUAGCUUUUUGCGACUAUUGACGCCCGUCCCCUCUAACCAGUUCCAAGCCGCGCCCCCGAUGCGCCGGCCAUACAUGCCAACCAGAAAAAUUGGGAAAAAUUAAAAGGCAAAAAAAAAAAAAGAAAAAACAAUCGUCCUCCUGCAGCUAGCUGCCUUCCCUCUACCCAUUAACAGUAAUAUUCGCCGGCCGUUGUCCAUUCCAACGUGAUUCGAGACCUGUUUGCAGCGGCACGCAAUAAAAGAAAGACCAUAAAAACGAUGCAUCCAGUAAACUGCUGAAAAAGGAUCCAUCUAGUUGCCCAAGUAGGAUCGGAUGGCGCCCUGCAGACGGGUAGCACCCUCGCCAAGAACGUUGGACAGGUUCUCAAGAUCAUCACCGGCAGUGAUACCAAACUUGCGGACAAAGUCCUUGGCAGCAGACUCGAUGUCUCCAUAAUCCUCUUCCUCCUCCUCCUCGGGGCGUCCAAAGUAGGCGUUGGACGAGAUGGCGGUGGCUCCCUCGAAGCCCUGAAGGCGUGUCUUGGCCUCGGACUGAGCCGAGGGAUCAAACUCACCCCUUCCGUGGUACUGAUCCGACGAGAUGCUCUUCUGGUUACCAAACGUAGAGCGGGCGUAGGUGCUGGACUCCUCUAUAAUUCGCAAAGUAGUUAGUAAACGAGUCUUGCCAUUCAUUGCUUUCCAAUAUUGACUUACCUUCAGGGGCGGCCUUGACGGGGCCAACCGAUCCGAAUCCGCCAGUGUUCUUCUUAGCGGGUGCAGCAGACGACUUGGGGCCACCGAUCUGGCCAAAGCCCAAUCUGGCCAUACCCAUGCCCAAACGUUCCGCAUCCGCACUAGACUUUUGGCUGGUCUGAGCAGUGCUAGACUUGGGAGGGCUGAGGGGAGUUGGUGAGAGAAUGGUGGCGGCAGAUGUAGAUGUAGCCUCGGCCUGGGCCUCUUCGGCUUCGGGGUCGUAUCCGAGCUUUGCAAUGCGCUCGGCCUCCUCCUUGGCCUUCUUCUCGGCUUCAUCAAAGUCGAUGGCAUCAGCAGUAACCUUUUUGACGCCCAGCUUGGUGGCCUUCUUAGCACCAAGAACAUUGGUCUUGCGAGCUGCACCACCAGCAGUAGUGCUCUUGACGAGACGAGACGAUGUGAUGACCUUACCAGUGGGCUUAGCGUCACCGGCAGAUUCGGACUUGGCUAAAGGAGAGGCAGAGCGAGCGCCAUCCUUGGGUGCAUUGAUAAAGGGGGAGGGAGUGCGGCCAACAACAGGAGGCGUGGCGGUGCGAGAGAUGGGAGGUGUCGGUCGCUUGAUGGCUGGCUUAUCCCAAGAGGAGAAAAAGUCGUCUUCGGGUUCUCCAGCGGGAGUCGAUGAGCCGUCUUCGACGCCAUCGUUGAUGACAACUUCGUCGGGGUAUCUAGAGGCGGUCAGCAGUGGACGUCAUCGGUGCUUUCACAGAGAACUUGCGUUUGUGCGUCCUUGGCAGCGCGCUUCUUCAGUUCCUCUUUGUACUUGGUAGCGGCGCUGGACUGGUACUUGGUCUUGGGGUCCUUGCUGUUGAGAGCAGCAGUGCCUCCGUUUUGGCGGAAGAACUUGGUGGCGGACUCGUUGCCACCAACCUUCAUCACUCGCAGUUGGUCCCAUUGCCAUUCUAACAGUCCUGUGAUUAGCGCAUUGUACUAGCAUGGUCGAGAUUAUCGAAAUACAUACGAUCGAGGUUCGUGGAUCGGACGAAUGAGAUGUGGACACCCAGGUUUCGGUGGUUUGACGAACAGUCGAGGCACACAUAGAUGCCAAAGGGAACGGAUGUCCAGGUAGGGUUGUUCUGUCCACAAUCGAAGCAAGUCUAGCGUAGCGCGAAAUCACCUGGUCAGCACAAAGUCACUCAAAUACAAUCGCAUGCAUGUCCUUGAUUUACCUUGUUUGCUGGCUUCGUCUUGAGUUUCUCAAAGAUCUUGAGCGACUCUUGCUUGGUCGCCAUGCCACUCAUUUUGCCGGUUCUCGCGCGCGCGCGUUCGUUUGCGUUAUUGUAAAGUUGAAAUUCGAUAGUCGAGUUCGAUGCGCAGUGUGCUGUAGAAGCGUGCCAGAAUUUGCAGCAGCGCAGGCGUGGGUGAUGGAUUUGAUACG